AAUACUUGAAAUACAAUUGAAAAGUCAAAGCAUGAAGAGCAUACUGAUUCUAUUGGCCCUUGCAUUGGCCGCGGUGACUGCCGCCCCACAAACCAGCUUGGACGAGUUCACCGAAGUGGAGAUCAAUGAACUCAAUGUGGUUGACAAAAUGGUUUCGGCCGCCAUCCAUGAGGCUGAAGCCUUGGCCGAUGAUAUUGUGAAGCUAGUUGAACAUCAACUCUUGGAGAUUGUCAUGUACCCCAUGCAUCAAUUGGAGCAAGCUGUUUCCGACAUCGAUGCCCGUCGCCAGGAGAGUGAGGAGUGUGUGGCCAACGAGGCCCUUCAUGUGGCCGGCACUGUGGAAACGGCCACAGUCGAUUUCUACAAGUGCGGCCGUGAUGCCACCACCACCUCGAUCCAAUUGGUUUUGGACACCAAGAAGGCUGUUCUUCAGCUCACCUAUGAUGGCUACUCUCUGGUCAAGGAGGUACGCUCAUGCAUGAAAAAAACCAAUUCGGUUAUGAAGAAAGUGUGCAAGGCCAAGUGCUCCGUCGAUGCUGGACUUUUUGCUUAUAGUGGCCAGAAAUCGAUCCGCCAUUUGAUCGGUUUGCGUAAAACAGUCCCAGCUGUCGGCACCGAUGCCAAGGCCUGCACUCUCUCUGCCACCGAACAGGCCAUGUAUGAAUUUGGUAUGGUUAACGAAAACAUUGACGUCUGCAUCUAUAAUUUGACACACUAAGCUAAAUUAGCCAAAGAGUUUUAAAUAAUAAAUUUAAAUGCAAUCGUA